AUGCAAAGAAAAUACGGGUACUUUGUGCGGGUUCUUGAUGCGGUAACUACAAUUACUACUUGUUUUAAGAUAAGCAAGAUAAGCGAAACCAAAGCAAACUUCGAAGAAAUGGACAUUGGAUCAGGAGAUCGAGCUCCAGCCCAUAAAAAGGUCAAUAGUUGGUUUUUUUUGUCAAGUCGCGCAACAGCAGUAGUAGUAGCAGUAGUAGCAGUAGUAGCAGUAGUAGCAGUAGUAGCAGUAGUAGCAGUAGUAGCAGUAGUAGCAGUAGUAGCAGUAGUAGCAGUAGUAGCAGUAGCAGCAGUAGCAGCAGUAGGCAAAAAUGUGCUCCUUCUAGAACCCGGCCUGAGCUAUUUGUAGAUUAUAUUUUGCCAAGCGAAAUCCCCGACCUCGGGUCGAGGCAAAUGUUCCAAGGAAAAGAGCUUCUCCCAGAACAUUUAGCAAGAAAGAUUUUUUUUUGUUGGGUUUAAAAAAAACUGGAGUUGUACAUGACGUGCGAAAAUAGAAUAUCGGCUUUUAACGACAAAGUAUAAUUGUUAAAAAUAACAGAAAUAAAAGAGCCCGCUCUAUGUGGCGUGUGUAAUGGGGCUUUGACUCCUGUGGGAGAGAAUGACAAAAGAGGGGGAGAUCUUCCAUAUGCAAAAAGUCACCCGCCAAAUUGAACAAAAGAGACCUUCCCCUCCGUUUGAAGGAGAGGAUGAUGGAAAAACAUAAAAAGAAAAUGUGAAAAGGAUCGUCGGGUCUUGUUCAAGAAAAAAAAAUAUACUUUUAUUUAUAGCUCAGUAUUCAUUAUUUGUUUUGUUG